CACAGUACAAAUGAAGACGUGUGCAAUCUAGUCUUUCCUUUGGCUGCUGAAGUGCUUAAUGGUAUUCAGAAAAACCCGGAAUGCUUGAAGCGACGAGCAGGCAGAAUUAGCUGUCGAAUAAAUUAAGUGAAAGACAAUUUCAUUUUACUGAUGUAAUUGGCCGUGGAACACGUCCAGAGCUGGUAGCCAGGAUACAUCUUCUGCAGUUUAUCAGGAAGACGUUUGGAGCAUUCUGGUAAAAAAAAACACAUGACAGAAAGAAGGGGGACGUAACAGAUCCACUGUGAAAAUAAUAAUGGAUGGAGAUGAAAAUGGAGUCUUUUGCAACUUGGAACUGAAGAUUGGAGGUAAUGAUAAUGCACCUGUUGGAUGUUCUUCUGCAAAAGAGUUGAAUGUUCCUCAAUUCAAGGAAGGAAUUUCACCCACUGCUCAUUUGCAUGUUCCAUUCAAAAAGCCAAGACUUGUUGAAGAAACGUGUUCCUUGUCUUCUGGUAAUAAACCACGUUCCAAAAUAAUGGAGUCACCAGCAGACCGUCGACCUCACUUCCAGUUGAAUAACUUGACAGGAGAUCCAGGUGUAGCUGCAGGCACAAGGCCCGUUUCUUCAUAUCAAACAUCAGAUGAGAAUGAAGACCUUGAUGACUCAUUGUUGGAACUGGAGGAAGAGGAAGAUGAUGAAGAUGAUCUAACUAACUUCACAUCUGAGGAAAUAGAUGUGAUUCUCCAGGAUUCAAAUGAUGACAUUGAUAAUAACUUUGAUUCACUUAAAUGUGGUGAUGUGAACGGAAUAGGUGCUGGUGCAUUCGGUGAGCAUACACAUAAUCUCUCUUCUUUAUUUUCCCCAAGUACAUCACAUUUGCCCAAAAGCUGCCUUGUUAUUAAUGAUUUAGAAGCAAGUGAUCAAGUUGAUGCCUUGAUGACAAAUGUUUCUACAUUGAAAGUGGAUGAAAAGAUUAAUCAAAGUGUCAAGUCUGAAAAGCAUAACCAAAAUUCUAUUUACGAAAUUACUGAAAUAGAGAAAUCAGAGGAGCUGUAUCAUAUAACAGUCGAUAGCAUUGCCGUGGUAAUUCCUCUGCAAGGUAGUGCAGAUGAACACUCAGAUGAGAGAGACCACACACCAAGCAGCAGUGAAGCAGAUCCUGAAACUCAGGAUGCUGUCUUGUCCGGAUCUUCAUCAAGCAUACUUAAGGAAGACGAUAAUUCAACACUGGAACAAGAUAUUUCUGAAGAAAAGGCUGCAGAUGGAAGAGUAAAAGACACUGACGUUCCUGAAUGUGGGGAAGAGGAAGUCCCUGAGGUAAAGGAUCCCGGAAAGCACCAGCAGAGUGCUGGAGAAUCUUCACAAGAAAUGGAACCACGGAAAUGCAGCCCAUCAGAAACAGGCAGAACACAUCUCGCAACAAGGCAGAAAACAAGAUUAAAUCCUGUAUUUAGUAAGGAGUUGGAACAAGAGAAACAACAAUAUCUUAAGAGUGUUUUCCACCACGUGAAGGGGCAUUAUGAGAAUCAAGGACUGAUGGAAGAAUUACACUCCCUGAUGGAUAAGGAGGCUGCUAGACGUUAUUACACAUCUUGGCAAAGCAAGUCAGACCUCACUGUCAGAAAUUAUAUGAAACGGCAUAGGUCCCAACGCAAGAUUGAUUUGCGCGAAUGGGCAAUGAGGAGUGGGGAAGCUCCUCGCUUCCUUAAGUUUGUACAAUCUCUCCAACAUGGUCCUCAUUCCUAAGUUGCACAGCCGAGAAGCUGUUAUAUUCCUCGGACAUUCAUGGCACAAAGUUUUAGAUUCAGUCUGUCUAUGUGCUUGUGUCUAAAGUUUCUGAUGGUUGCUUAUAUUCUGAAGCAUGAUCCUGUGCUUGAUAGAGAAGCAUCAUUGUUUAGUUUUAAAAGUAUGGGUGUUUGAUUUAAGGGUAUAGAUACGUACUUUCCUGUAGGAAUGGGGAAUGGAGGUGGUUGGGGAGGUGCUAAAAGCUAUGUUCUGUACUGUGCCUUAAGAACAGAAGACUCUCAGGAAAAUUGGAUGAACGUAAGCAUUUACUAUUUUCAUUUUGAAGCAGCAUAUGCAAUUAUACACCGCCAUUAACAAGUCUAAAGGAGUAGCAAUUGAGAGACAUCAGAAUUUUUAUCAACUGUGUUUAAUCCUCAACACAAUAAUGUCUGUUCUUGCAAAUGAGAACCUAAAUUGUAGAUUACCUGAAAAAUUCAGUUUUAUUAAUGAAAGUAGUAAUUUUAGAAAUUUGGUCAUUUAGAAGCAAAAUUCUACAGGUCUACGUUGCAUUAUUCAGUAUUUUAUGAAGGUCCUACCAGGCAUUAGAUUACAUGAUUACGGUUUCAAAGCUGUAGUAAUUUUGGUCAUGAUAUGUGCAAAACAAUUGUGCUCGUCUGCGAAACUUUCAUACGAUGGAAAAGAAAGCACUGAAUACCUUUUAACCCUAUAUCUCAUUCCUUCAGAGUUCAGUGCCGUCUUGAGUGUUGGUUAUGUUUGAUGACCUUUUAAAUUCUGCACACUUGGAUCUGAAGGGAAAUGAUUUGAUAACAACUGUUUAUUCAUAGUCUAAUGGUUUUGGUUCAUUCAGUGCACUUCUGUCAGUCCCAUAGAGGAGUCUUAAGCACUGUUGUCAACAAUAUUAAUGAGAAUGUUACCAGACUUACACCACAUACCAUGGUUCUGAAGAAGCUUCGUGUUUGCGUUUUGGAUUGUGUUACAUUUAUCUUGUAGUUUAAAAAAAGUGCAAUUUACCUACAGACCUCAUUGAAAAAGCUGCAUGGUCAGAAAAGUAUUUCCUUUAUUUACUGUGCCUUAAGAUAAAGAAUUGUAAUUUUUAAGUAUUUUUUGAAAUGUUAAACCUGCUCUUUCAAAUCACUGACCCUUUAUACUUUCUAUGAUAACUGAUAGUUAUUCAUUCACCAUCUGACAAUGUAAAUAGUGCUGAAUGGCCUUUGAUUAUUCUGCCUUCUCAUGCUUGUAUGAUCAAUUUCUUGCUGUUCUGUAGCAAUGUUUUUAUGCCUUGUUUGUUUAUGUAUCGGCCUUUAAUUGGUGAAGGCCAUGAUUGUAUCUUGAGUGUGAAUUGAUUUUACCGUACACUGAUAUUGUUACAGUUUAACGUUCAAGGCUCAAACUGAUUGUCAGCUAAUGCUACAUCAUGCCAUUGUCGAGGAAAAUUCCCUGUGAAUCAGACAGAUACAAAUAAUGGCAGCAAAAUAGUUUUAAAAACAAUCUUGGCAAUUGUGUGGGUGACUGCUGUGUAGUGUGAAAGUAUGAUGGUAAUCUUGCACUGUUGUAUAGCAAUUUAAAUCUUGAUGUAAUUUAUUUGGUUGUUAAAAUGUUAUAUUAUCCAACAUUUAUCAUUACAGCAGUCCUCAACAGGUGGGUGGCUCUACCAGAGCCGCCUCCUGCAUUCUCAGCUCCUGGCUUCUACCUCCAGCCCUCACCUGCCUGAAUUUUUCCAUGUCUUACUGAUCUUGAAAGUCAAGAGCAAUCACUCAAAGCAGGUUGGAGCCUGUCCUUGGUGAAUCACACCACAGAGGGGUUGCAAGUCGCAGAUCUCUCCUGCGAAGUGAAGGGUCGGGGAGGCCUCUAGUUGGUUAGAGACACUUUGGUUCGCAUGAAAGAAGGGGACAGUGAGGCCUAAUGAUUUUGUGAAACAAAACCAGUAUUGAAUAACAGCUUUUAUUUUGAAUUGCAUACAGAUAUGUUGGUGGGUGACUAAACGAGUGUAUUUGUGUUCAACAUGCCUAUCCAAAAUCCAUUGUUUGAGAGUUUUCAGGGUGGUACCUGAUGAUAUCAUAGAAAAGAAAGUUCUGCUUGAGUGCCUGAUUUUCUGGCUUUAACGAUUGAAGUCAAAGGAGGAGGUGACUGAGAGAAAUGUAAGUUUGAAAGGUAGUUAGAAUGCAUUUCACUUAAGCAAUUUAUUUAAAGUGAAGAUUUGUUGCAAUCUCUUAAUGCUUUGAUAUACAUACAUCCCAGACUGCUUAGAAGUAAAAUACAUCAAUUAAUAAAGGGUUUACUGGAAAAUUCUAGAUCAACUUCUAGGAAAUUAUUUCACAGGCUAUGAAAACUUAUUUGCUUACUGCCCGUUAUGCCGCUGGUGUUUAGGCAGCAUUAAAGGUCCCCCAUUUCUGUCUUUAUAGAAGGAUUCUUCAUUGCUGUUUUCAUAAUUGUUUUUGACAAAUCAAGGUUGUUAGCUCUGAGCUGAACCCCCACACCUUGAGGACUGGUGGACUACUCUUACCCUGGCCUCUAUCCUUUGACUUGUUUGACAUGGGUGACCCUACCGAGAGCCAACGCUGUUUCACCAUGUCACUCACCAGCAAUACAGAUUGCAUAAUGAAAAGUUUUCAUUGUUGUCCCUUAUUGAUUUCGGCAUCUUCCAGUCAUUUUUGCCAGUUUUAUAUUUCUUCAGAUGUUCAAUUAAAGAUGUUUUCUAAAUGUUUGCCAAUUGUGCUUUCUUUUCAGCUGUUAACUGAAUGACACAUUCUAGAGUUUGUGACGGUUUAUUCUGACUGAAUAGCUUAUACAAAUUAUACAUACAGUACAGUCUUAGGCACAUAUACGUAGAUAGUGUGCCUAAGACAUUCGCACAGUACUGUAGUAAUUUUGUGUAUUGCACUGUAUUACUGCCACAAAAAAUAAAGAAAUUUC